AUGUGUGAUACAUCGAUAACCAAAGUUUCGUCUUCCACAGCACCCAUCGGUGAAAUGGGACAAAAAUAUUUGGCUUGUGGCAAAUCUCUAUCGAUGAGAAUGUGGGACAAUGAAAAAGCAACAAACGAAGCGAAGCCAUUAUCAACACGUGACUAUGAAACAUGUGGUUUUGUCAUAUCGGGCAAAGCUGAAUUGCAUUUCGAAAACGACCAAAAAGUUUUACUUUCACCAGGUGAUUCGUGGAUCGUACCAAAAGGUGCCAAACACACGUACAAAAUUUUAGAAAAUUUCACCGCAGUCGAAGCAACACACCCACCGGCAGAAGUGAAGAAUCGCGAUGCUCCGAAAUAG